AUGAUUUGCCCAUUGACCCAGUUAGAUGUUCCUCUCCCAGGUACCACCAGUGAUGAUCACCCUCAUGGUUUCAUCAACCUCUUGGGUCUCUUGGAAGGUGAUGGGACAACCUCCAAACCUUAUCGUUGCACCGUAUGUCAGAAGACCUUCAAGCAAAGCUCCAACCUCAUCGAACACCAGAGGACCCACACUGGAGAACGUCCCUUCACCUGUCCUCAAUGCCAGAAGAGCUUCACCAGAAGCUCCACUUUGGUUGAACAUCUUCGGAUUCACACCGGUGAGAAACCUUUCACCUGCUCCAUCUGCUCCAGGUCCUUCACCAGAAGCUCCACUUUGGUUGAACAUCAUCGUAGUCACACCGGUGAGAUGCCCUUUACCUGUCCUGAGUGUGGAAAGACUUUUGGUAGAACAUCCAACUUGGUGAAACAUCUCAGAACUCAUACUGGUGAGAAACCAUAUGGUUGUGGACAUUGUGGGAAGACCUUCAGCUUGAGUUCCAACUUGGUCAAACAUCAAAGGACCCAUAGUGGUGAGAAACCAUUUCCUUGUGGACAAUGUCCUAAACGUUUCAAGAAGAAGACUCAUUUGAUGUCCCACCAAAGGAUUCACACUGGAGAAAGACCUUACAGGUGUGAAGAAUGUGACAAGUCCUUUGGUCAAAGCUCAACCUUGAUAGAACAUCAGAGGACACACACCGGGGAGAGACCUUUCCGUUGUGGACAUUGUGGGAAGAGCUUCUGCGUCAGCUCCAACUUGGUCAAACAUCAACGGAUCCAUACCGGGGAGAAACCCUACGGUUGCGGGCGCUGCGGGGAGACCUUCCGCUACAAACCCCAGGUCACCAGGCAUCUCAAGGUCCAUCUUCAGGAGGAUCAAGCUUGUGGUUCAUAA